AUGAUAGAAAAAUAUCAAGACAGUGAAAUUAAAUUAUUCAACGGCACACUUUUUUGGUUAAAACAAAAUAACACUAUUAAAACACAUGAAAAAUUAAUAAAAGAUAAUUCUAUUCCCUUAAUAACAACUUAUGCUGAUGGAAUUAUCCUUGCUGCAUUAGUAGGAACAAUACCAAUAGUGUAUCGAGGUAAUCGAUUUUGUUUACCGUUAUGUAUUAUGUAUCCAUAUGACUAUUCAUUUACUCCUCCUCUUUUUUUUACUGACCCAACACCAGAAAUGGAAGUUGUUCCAGGACAUCCGUAUGCAAUGCCAAAUACAGUUAUUUGUCAUCCAAUUCUUGAUAGAUGGUCAGAAAAUGUAAAUACACUGAGUGUUUUGCAGGUGUUUGUGAAAGAUUUUUCUUGUAUGCCUCCUUUAAGGAUGAAAACGUCUAUGAUAUCUCCGUAUGCAUAUUAUCCCCCGGAACGGUCACCUUAUUACCCAUAUUCUCAAAACUAUAACCAACCAGUUCCAAUUCCUUUAAACCAACCUCUACUUCACCCUUUAGAACGUUCUCAUCAACUACCAUCAAUAUCUUCUAUUUAUGCAACAGAAAGUCAACCUUCUAUCCCACCACCUCAAAUACCACCUCAAAACCAACAACUACCUUCAUUUCAAGGUAAUAUAGAUACUCUUUCUACA